CAAGUUAUCUACUAGGAAUGAGUGGACGUAUUGCAGCUCAAGCAGAUGAAGCAAGCAACCCAAUCAAUGUGAAGAAUCUAUCUUUGGGUUGGAUGAUUGAUUUUCUCUUUCUUGUCAGCUUUGUUGGUCUCUUUUCAAUUGUCCCCCUUAGAAAGAUGAUGAUACUCAAGUACAAGUUAACAUACCCUAGUGGAACUGCAACUGCCUACCUCAUCAACAGCUUUCACACUCCUAAAGGAGCCAAACUAGCCAAGUAAUUAAUACUAUCUCUUAC